AAGUAUAAAAGUGACAUGAAACAGGUCCUGUCAAUUCCAACAGAAGGAGCUUUGUAACGAUUCAUCCGACUUGUGUGCCAAUCACAACUAAAGAAGAAUGUCUGUUGAUGAGACAAAACUACGUGAACGUUUUGAACUGCUAGACAAAGACAAAUCUGGAACCCUCUCGGUCGAUGAAAUAUAUCAAGGAGUGCAUGAAGUGCAUCCAGCAGUCUCCAGGGACGACAUUGUGAAGCUUAUAGAAAAGGCUGAUACAAAUAAGGAUGGGCAGGUAUCCUGGCAAGAGUUUCUUGAAGCUUUCAAGCGCUUAGCUGACCUAAAGAAGUAAAACCACAGAUAUCAACAACCGGAAGCUGCAUUCCAGUGACAGUCCACGGGCCAGAUAAAUACAUGACUUUUGUUGAUAGACAAAUAAAUACAUUGUUAAAUUCAAGAUAUCGCUUUUAUACUGUGAUACAAUAAAAUAUAAUUUUCCACAA